GGGUGUAGGUGGAGGAGAGUGAGGACAUGCUGCAGCAUGAUUUGUACACAGCCAACAAUAGGAGGGAAAUAGAAGCUUGGUGCAUUGAUGGACACAUUCUAAAACGUUAUGUUGUGGGUUCUAUGUCAAAGUUGCAUGUUAUUCAGAAACACCACUGGAAGGUUUCUAUUGGCUCUCGGCAGCGUCGCUCAUUGGAUUGACAUUUUUUAUUUGCAGCUCUAACCAGCUGAUGGAGCCCAGGCAAUGAACACGGAGCCUCUGAAGAAGUGUUGCCGCUACAUGCAAGCCCCUUCGUCGGCGUUUUAUUCGCUCUCGCCUCCAUCCAGGGAUUGAGAGCGAACCGCUAGGCGCAGCCUUUGAGAAGAUUGUGAAAGGAACCACCUCGAGAAACCUGACGCACAGAAGUCAGAGCCAUAAAUAAAAGAAAAUGACAUUUACAAGCGUUGGAGCUGUAGCAUGAGGGAGAGGAGGACGUGAAGACGAAGAGGACUUACGAUGAUGGGGUGUGGUCAGAGGCUCGCCGCAUUUCUCCUGGACUCGACGGUCGCCUCCGUCACGCAGCCGGAGUGUCACCGUUAAAACGUGAGCGGCUCAUUUGACUUGCUGGAGGAGCUCCGCCAAACGGUGAUGUGAUGAAUAAGUUUGAGGUCCUUGGCAUUGUGGGUGAAGUUCCGAUGCCUGUGAAUCAGUGACGUGCGGUCAGUGGAGCCAGGGGCCUAUGGAGUGGUGCUUAAAUGCCGACAUAAGGAAACCAAUGAGCUUGUGGCCAUUAAGAAGUUCAAAGACAGCGAAGAAAAUGAGGAGGUCAAGGAGACGACCCUUCGUGAGCUGAAGAUGCUUCGCACACUAAAGCAGGAAAACAUCGUGGAGUUGAAGGAAGCCUUUCGCCGGAGGGGGAAGCUCUACCUCGUCUUUGAAUACGUCGAGAGGAACAUGCUGGAGCUGCUGGAGGAACUGCCUAAUGGUGCACCGCCUGAUAAAGUCAGAAGCUACAUCUACCAGCUUAUCAAAGCCAUCAACUGGUGUCACAAGAAUGAGAUUGUGCACAGAGAUAUCAAACCAGAGAACCUGCUCAUCAGCUCUGAGGAUGUUCUCAAGCUAUGUGACUUUGGUUUUGCACGUAACCUGUCAGAAGGAACAGAUGCCAACUAUACUGAGUAUGUGGCCACCAGGUGGUACCGCUCACCUGAGCUACUGCUGGGGGCUCCCUAUGGCAAGGCAGUGGACAUGUGGUCAGUGGGGUGCAUCCUCGGGGAGCUAAGUGAUGGACAGCCCUUGUUUCCAGGGGAAAGUGAGAUUGAUCAGCUAUUCACUAUUCAGAAGGUCCUGGGACCGCUUCCUGCAGAGCAGAUGAAACUCUUCUACAACAACCCUCGCUUUCAUGGAAUCAGGUUUCCCUCAGUUACGCACCCUCAGACACUGGAGAGAAGGUACCAAGGCAUUUUAAGUGGUUUGAUGUUGGAUCUUAUGAAGAACCUGCUGCUUCUCAACCCGACCGAACGCUAUCUGACCGAGCAGAGUUUGAAUCAUCCAGCCUUCCAGCCUCUGAGGCAGGUGGAGAGAGAGAGGUCCUCGGUGGCCUCGCCCAACCCUUCACGCUCCUCUAAGAGGAAAACACACCAUCAUGGAGAGAACACAGUCCCUACAAGGAGUCACAGUAAGACCUCAAGCCAACGUCGCUCCAACAGCAAAGAAUGUUCAAGUCUCCCACGCCAUGGAGACCUCCAUCACCUUGGCAACGAGAGUUUUCUAAAUGGUAACAAACCCCAGUCGAGUUUGAGUCCAACGCUUCAUCCUAAAAGUCAGUACCUGUCCCAGACCCUCAAUCGCUCUGCCUCAUCCAGCAAAGAUCUGGCCAAUAACAACCUGCCGCACCUCCUCAGUCCAAAAGAAGCCAAAAAUAAAACAGAGUUUGAUUUCAAUUUGGUACCCUCGCCUAAGGUGUCAGAACAGGGACACGGAGCUAAAUAUGGCCUCAGCAAGCCGCCCGGCACUUCUCGCUCUCAACAACAACAACAGCAGCAGCAAGGUGGACGCCACACUUUCCUGGAGAACAAGACCAAUACCUUACAGUCAGGAGGAGAGAAACAACAUGGCAGACACUCCCACAGCAUGGCCGACUCUGCCCAUGGAUCCAUGUCAUCCUCCUCCAAGAGUUCGGCCUCUUAUCUGAGCCUGUCCAAGAGCCAUAGCGCUCUGAGUGAUGCCAAAUCUGUAGGGAACCUUAGCGAUGGCCGACUUCACCAUGACGACCCAAACUCCAACACGACAGCAGCGGUUGGACCCAGCGCCCGUUUUUUCCCUGCAAGCUGUCUCGACCUCAACACCUCUUCAGGGGUACCGGGGGUACCUCCUGGCAGCCCCUCAGCACGCCACAGCGAUCGCUCCGGGCAUAGCCCCGCCUCCCGUAGCAGUGGAAACGUCCGCAUGGAGAGCAGCACGCUUGACUCGUCCUCCAGACACAAAUCCAGACAUAAAUCUUUGGCUCCGGAGGAGGCUAAGGCUCCAGAGCUCUUAGACCCAGGGGGUGCGGGGAUGCCCUCCACUCACACCCUUCCCUCCCCACAUGAAUCCUACCAUUACGGCCUGGGUUAUACGUCCCCCUUCUCCUCUCAGCAACGGCCUCAACGCCACUCCAUGUAUGUAAGGAGAGAGCGCCACCGGCCUCAUGGUGUAGAAUCCGGGAUGGCAGGCUUGCCCCCACCCGGGCAGGCGAUUCCGACACGGGCCAGUAGUCUGCAGCUCCUUUCACCACAGCUCCAGCACCGGACCGCCCUCACCGGGCACUCUGUGAGCUCCUCGAGGGAGGACUGCACUGACGGCAUGAGCAGGAACGAACAAUCCCCUAAAGACAUGAGCCACCCUUGUGCCCCCAUCAAAGACUCUACAAGGGACAACACUGCUGCUUUUCACACACAGCGCCCUAAAAAUGAGGUGGGCAUGUAUCAUGACCCUCAUGGGGAGGAAGGAGUGUCCUCCAAGGAGAACCGGAUGAUAUUCACUGAGUCUAUGCCAAGGAGAGUUGGUAGCUUUUACAGAGUACCUUCCCCCAGACCAGAUAAUUCCUCGUCUUUCCAUGAGGGUGUUGGGCAGGGUCGAGGACCAGUGGUACCCGUUGUCCCUAGCAACCCUGUUUCCAUGGCCAACCACUCCAAACGCCAGACCGCCUUUGAUUGGACUGCUGCAGAAGCAAUGGUGAUGAAUCCUCCAGAGCCAGUCAAAGAGAAGGAAAAACAAGGCUUCUUCCGAGCCAUCAAAAAGAAAAAGAAGAAGACACAAAUAACAGACAUGGCGGAUGGGAGGAACCCGAGCAUAAAGAAAAGUCUUUUCCCCCUCUUUAGCUCCAAGAACAGCCUCAAGCACAACUCAGCUGUCAAAGUCCUACCUGUGGUGCCCUCGCCAAUGGUGCAACAGCAGCCUCCCCCACCCUACCCUUCAGCAACAGCACCUCCACAAGAACAUUUGUCCCUACAGAGGAGCUCCAAGUCGUCAUCUCAGCAUGGUAACCGUCGGAAAAACCGAGAGCGAUCCCGAGAUAGAGAACGGGAGCAGAGCCGGGACCGGGAAAGAGACAGAGAGAGAGACCGAGAGAGGGAGAGAGGUAGAGAGCGAGUGAAUGACUGGCCAACUGACAAAGCAGUGGACUCACACUCGCAGAGCCAACCACUUAAGUCACUUCGUAGGCUCCUUCACCUCUCCCCUUCUUCCUCAAACCAAGGGCAACCCCCUGCUCCUCCUCCAGACCUGCGCUUCCAACCUCCUCUCCCCAACCCCCCUCAGCCCUCCUCCAAAGCAGCCUACUCUGAGGGUCGAGGGCACGCAGAGAGCCGCGGUCACCCCGGGGUGAGUAGCUCCUCCCAGGCCAAGAGCCGCAAGGCCAGCUACCCCCUGCCGGGACAGCUGGAGUCCGCUUGGCACGUGUCAGCGUUGCAGCGGGCCGACGGCGCUCAGUUCACAGCCGAACAGCUGGGCAUCAAACCGGGGCAAAACGGACCCACCUUUACCCGUGCCUCCCGCACCAGAAUGCCAAACCUCAAUGACCUGAAGGAGACUGCCCUCUAAAACACUCACCUCAAACUUGACCACCUCCAUCGUGGAAGCAUUUGCCUGAUAAAGAAGGCCAUCUCACUUUAGUUGCAGUUUACAUGAAAGCCUCUUGCACAGGAUGGAAUCCACUCAUCCAAUGUGAUGACCACUUGAUGCUUGCAUCACUGACUGACGGGGAUGAGCUUCUGUCUAGAAGAGGAAAUGCUGCUGCCUCUGCUGCCAUCUUCUGGUCACAGAACACAACUCUCUGCAGCACAUCAGACCGCCUCCUCUCACUGGGUGGCCAUGAAAGCAAAAUCAUGUUUUUUUCACAAAUUUGAUAAGAGAGAGAGAGAGAGAGAAACAGAUUUAUAUCAACAUAAUUUAUUGUUAUUUAUUUAAAAUUCAAGGAUAUAAGCUAUAAAUGACACAGUAUGUAGUCUAUAUGGGAAUAUUAUAAGGAUAUACAGUAUAGAAUUAAAUGUGUAAUUACAAGAGCUUUAGUUUGACACAGAGACAUGAAUAGAUAUGUACGUGCUGUUGACAAUACAAUGUGUCACAAAGAUUAUUUCAAUGGUGAGUGUCCUUUUGGUUCAAUUUGAUAUGCUAUUAACAGAUUUUUAUUUAUGAUUUAUUUUUCACUUUUGUGUUUCUUUCCUAGAUAUGUAAAGAAAUAUAGACAUAUAACGAUUACCCAAUAGGAAUCAAAUGUGGUAUCAGACCUCUCAUUGAAGAAUAUCAUUCAAGAAAGCAUUUUGAGCUGCUUGUCAACAUGUCUCUCUCUGGGGACAAAAGACAACAGCUCGCCUAUUCCUCGCUGCUACAUUCAUUUCUGUCCACAAGUAGAAGGCAUGAAGGAAUUGUUGUUGUGAAAACUCGACAUCUAGAAAUGAACCACAGGCAUCGUUUACAAGGCAAGGCAUAUCUCAUCUGCCAUGUUUAAUAUCUUUUCAAAAUAAUCUGAUCAUGUUUUGUGAAACAACCCCCUGAAAAGACCAAAAAACAUGAAUGACUGCGACCUCAAUUAAUACCUCGUACUUAACACUUUCAUGCAUGUUGGUGACAUUUCAUGUUUCAUUAUUAUGUGUCAUUUCUGUCCUCUAAAAAUGAUGGAACAAUACCAUACUUUUUAAAAGCUUGUUUUUUAUUUCGGACUGAUCGGUUGCCCCCGUUACAUUCCAGUAUAGGAAUUAUUUUGACACCCAAGUCAUAAUCAGAGAUCAUUUAUAAUGAUCAAUUACUCUACUCACAAAAAGUUAAGGACUUUCGGGAAUUUCAGCAUGAGCCUAAAUGACCUAAAAUGCACUGUAACCUUUACUGGUGAGCUUAACUUGACUUUCUGUUUAUACACUGCCGGUCAAAACCUUUAAAACAUCCCAAUUUCUCCAGUUAUUUAUUGAAAUUCAAGUCGUUCAAGUCCAAUGAAUAGCUUGAAAUGGUACAAGGUUAAGUGGUGAAGUGUCAGAGGUUAAAAAAAGGCGAGGUCACCCAGACCUGAUAAAUAAUGUGUACAAUGUUCCCUAGUUUACCACAGGGGAUAGGUUCCCAAAAUAGCCCGCAGUAAGUGAAAUCCGCGAAGUAGCCAGCUUUAUUUGUUUACAACUGUUAUGUAUGUUUUAAGGCUGUAAAACCCCUCACAAUACACAUACACUUUUCAACAUUUUCAUUUAACAUUUUCUCACAUUUCUCUCUUUUUUUUAAACACAGUUAAAAUUUUGUUUCAAUUUUAAUGAUCAGUCUACUAGGUUGGACACAAGAAAUAUGAAGUGUAUUCACUCCUCUGACCGUGCCUCAUCCUGGCACCAUUUGGCUGUAACUUGUUGUAUCCUUGUUAAAACAUACUGUAUUGCUCCUGCCGUCGUCCUCCUUCUCGUCCCGAAGAUUCAUUUAGCCGGUUAGCUUCUUCUUCUUCUAUGUUUAUUUGCGCCUAGCAAGCAGCUCACACAGUUAGCUAGUUUGCUAGCGACUAUUGACCACCACAGGAAACGUCAUGAAGGAGAUUGAUUGACAAUGGUCUACAGCCAAUCAGGACACAGAACACAAUUGGCAGGUUCUACCUUAGCCAAUAAAGACUGUUUUGGCUCAAUAUUUAGCCGGCUAUUGUCUACCGUGGGUUCCUAACAUGCUCCUACAGGCACGUAAACACAUACUGAGACAAGUGGAGCCGCACACAUCUUGAACAUGAGUAUACAACACCCUCAACAACAGUACCUCACCAAGGUUUCACACGGGAUGUUUUCAGAGGCAAGCAGCCACUGAGCUUUUCGUGUUAGAGUGAUCGUCAGUAGCUCCUGACUGGAAGUGUCACUGAGAGGCACACAAACUUGUCACCUAUUGUUAAUUUUUGUUGUUCAGCUCCUUUGUUCGAGAACAGCGAGUUGUGCAAAAAAUACUGAAACAUUGACUAGCUGAACAUGUGCAUUAGAGAAGGUCAAAUGAAGUUCACGUCAAGGUUAGUGCAUUUAGGUUCAUCCUGAAAUUUCACCCGAAAGCCCUAUUUGUGAGCCAUAUUCAUAAAAGUACAACAGAUACUGCAGAUAGAUAGAUAGAUAGAUAGAUAAAUAGAUAGAUAGAUAGAUAGAUAGAUAGAUAGAUAGAUAGAUAGAUAGAUAGAUAGAUAGAUAGAUAGAUAGAUAGACAUAAUUUGUAUCUUUGUAUUACAGCUUGGCGUAAUCAAUUAAUUUCUUGCUAAGAAUCCUGAUAUUGGUGUGAAAUUAAUUAGUUAAUUGAAUCUAGAAGCAACGUGAAGUGCACAACUUGACUGCAACCAGCAGAGGCGCUGUUGAUUCCAUCCUAACUAGUUUGCUGUGUAAAGGAUGGUUGAAAGCUCAUAUUUCAGCAUCAAGACAUCAUUCUGUGCAAUGCAACAGUGGCAGAUUCCAAAAAAAAAAAUCUUUUUGUCAGUCCAUCAAGGAAAUGAAGUCAAAUGCCCAUCCUUGCUUUGAAAAUCACAUUUUUUUCCCCAUAAAAGGGAAACACAAGCAGGUUAUAAAAGAAACGAACCAACUCCAACAUCUGGCCACUUGGCUGAUUGAAAGCAAUAUGAUUGAGAAAGUGAUGUAGACUGUUAACCAGUCAAAUCAGUGUAAUUGGAGCUAAACAUAGUCAAGAGGUAGGCUAUGAUUAAGAGUCCACAUUUAAUAUCAAUUUGUUGUUGAGCUGCCUCUCAAACUGCCUCAUGUUGUAUUUUUAUGCAAAGUGCUGAUUGUAUUUAGUUUGUUUACAUGUUGUCAAACAACACAGACAUUGUUUGCCUUGCCUCAAGCCUUACAUUUGCUUAUUGAGAUAAAAAAAAAGGAGACUCAACCCCCCCACCCACACUCCACAUGCAUUCUUACAUGUUGUUUUUUCCUGCUCAGAACUAUGAAUGUGUUUCCUAAAAACUGCAGUUCUUGUUUUCAUUUUCAGUAUUUGAUGCCCACUUGUUCCAAGGUGUACAUAGAAAUAACAGUGUAUCGGUACUGACCAUUCUACACUAAAAUGAUAGGGUCUCAUAAUAAAACUGUACAUUUUU